UUUGAAGCCCUAGCGAAACAGAUUGGUUUUAAGACAGCUUAAAGGUUGAAACUUUUUGUGUUGCAGCGAGAUCUGUGAGUUCAAAGGCAAUGAAGCACGUGGUGAAGAUCUUGAGCCUGGUGUUGGCAGUCUCUGCCAUCUGGAUUACUCUUUUGCAGGCUGCAAUUAUUCCUCAAAGCCAUACAUGGUUGCUACCGAUAUACUUUGUAGUGUCACUUGGAUGCUAUGGUCUAUUAAUGGUUGGAGUCGGGAUAAUGCAGUUCCCUACCUGUCCUCGAGAAGCAGUUCUCUUGAACCAUGAUAUUGCAGAGGCAAAAGACUUCUUAAGCACAAACGGGAUAGAUAUUGGAACGUAUUGAUAUUCACAUGUGUCCCAUUUUGGUUUUGGUUUUAACAUGUGUCCCAUUUUGGUUUUAAACACUAAGUUUGAGUUAACUAUGUCUUUUGGCCAAUAUUGUUAUGUCUAUGUCAAAGAAAAGAAGGUAGUUUCAUGUUCAAA